AUGAAAAUUUUAAUUAUCAUUUGCUUUUUAGCUAUGGUCUUAACACAACAAGUUAAACACUCAAAUCAAUGUAAUGACUGUGGAUAAUUAAAAUCACAGAAUGAUUGUGAAUAGGAGACUACUGUGACAGGAGCUUGUGAAUGGGUGGCGGCAUCAGGAACAACUCCAGCAAAAUGUUAGAAAAAAACAACUGUUGAUCCAGUCACUUCAUUCAAACCUUAUUGUGAACUUAUUGAUAAACCAGAAACAAAUUGUGCUAAAACAUUUGGUUGUGCUUAUGUUGAUAUGAAAUGUACACAUUUUACAGGAUGUCAAGCAUAUGUUUAAACAACAACAACAAAUUGCUAAGCAAUAUCCUAUUUAUGUGUUAGUGAUGGAAAUACUUGUAUCUAAGCUAAGGAAUGCAAAGAAUAUACAUAAUAAUAAUGUGAAUCAACUCCAAGUGUUUCAGGAAUACUUAAAUGUAAAUGGGACACAAAUUCUGGAGCUUGUAGAGAUUAUGCAUGUUCAGAGGCAGAUGUUAGCUUAAAUACUGAUGAAAAAUGUUCGGCUUGGUUAGCUGGUUGUGUGACCAAAGGUUAAGGUUGUGUUAAUACACCAAGACCUGCAUGUGCUACUUAUACAGGAGAUGAUGUAGCAUGUUAAUCUUUUAUUGGAUCAGAUGGAAACUGUGAAUUAGCUACUGGUACUACAAAUUGUAAGGCAAAGGAAUGUUUUAAUGCUCCAACAUCAUUAAGUUCUGAUGAUGAUUGUAAAGCCUAUUAAAAAGGAUGUAUAACAACAGGAAAAGGUUGUGUUUUAGCAACAACAAAACCAUUAUGUUCUACAUAUUCAGGGGAUAAUACUACUUGUGUUGGAUAUAUUGGAUCAGAUGGUGUUUGUGAAGGUGAUGCUGGUGGUUCUAAGUGCAGAGCAAGAAAAUGUGAAAAUGGCACAUUCAAUACCGAUGACCUUUGUAAAUAAUACUAAAGUAGCUGCAAAACAAAUGGUAAAACAUGUGUUUCAUCAUUAACAGCUUGUAAUACAUAUAAAGGUACUGCCACAACUUGUGCUGUAUAUAUUGGUACUGAUGGAUAUUGCAAAGGAACAAGUACAACUACUGAGGCUUCUUGCUUACCAAAAGUUUGUGAUGAAGCUCCAGAUACAACUACAACUGAUGAUGCUUGUAAUAAAUAUUAAAUUGGAUGUGUAACUACAGGAAAAGGAUGUGUUACAAAAACUAAUUUGAAAUCUUGUGCUACUUAUGAUGGUGAUGCUACUAGUUGUUAAUCAAGAGUUGGAUCUGAAGGUAAAUGUACAUGGAAGACUGGAACCAACUGUGUUGCUAGAGAUUGUACUUAAGCAGCAACCAAUUUAAAUACUAAUCCUCUUUGUGCAAAUUAUUUCACUAAUUGUGUUACUACUGGAUCGGGAUGUGUUUCAUAAACUACUUGUGAUUUGACUGUUAAAUAAUAAAGUUGUGAAGGUACUAAUAAUUGUUCAUGGUAACCUAUUUGUACUAGUAAUUCAAAUUGUAGUGAAUUUAAGAAAAAAUCAAUUUGUUUAGCAAAUCAAGCUAGAGUAAGGACUUUUGAUAAAAACGAUGAAAAUGGAAAUCCAUUAUAUAUUUUUGUAUCCAAAAAAUGUGGUUGGUUGAAUAAUUCUUGUAAAGAAUUGUCUUGCUCAGAUUUAACAGGACCUUAUUAUAAUAAUGAUACUAAUUGUGCAGCAGAAUUAUCAACAUGCAUUAGUAAUAGAAUUGAUGCUUGUAUAACUAAAUAUGAAUGUAGUAAACUUUCAGGAACAUAAUCCACUUGUUUAAGUUAUCCAGGCUAUUGUACUAAUUCAUCGACAGCUACUGAUACUACUCCUUGUAUAUAACGAAAGUGUUCAGAUAAUACAGAAGCAACUGAUAAUGCUACAUGUGCUUCAUUCUUACCUGGAUGUAUUAGUAAUGGAAAAGGUUGUGUUGAUUACACUACUCCAUGUACAUCAAUGAAAGGAACUUAAGAAACAUGUGAUAAGAUAUUUGCUUAUAAGACUGGAUCUAUUGAUAACUUUACAACAAAUUAAUGUUACAACAGUUCAAUAGCCACUGAAAAUGAUUAUUGUAAAAUCAAAACAUGUAAAUUAGCAGAAAAUUAAAAUGAUGGUACAUGUGGUUCAUUUUUAGAAGGAUGUGUUUAUAAUGGAAAUGGAGGAUGUGUUGAUCCAAAAGCUAAUGACACAACUUGUGCAAGUUAUACAGGUGUUUUAGCAUUUUGUGAAUCUGCUAUUGUUGGUAGUAAUAGUUCUAAAUAUUGUUUUGGAACAUCUACAUCAGCUACAUGUACAGUUAGAACUUGUACAGAUAAUAAAACUGCAACAAAAGAUGAAGAAUGUGAGUCUUUCAUGUCAGGAUGCAUAGCUAAAUCUGAAGGAGGUUGUAUUAAUAGAUAAUCAAGAUCCUGUUCUUAAUAAUCAGGAACUGUUACUUCUUGUCCGAAUUUUAGUGGUGGUUUAUAAGUCUCUUCAGUUUGGAACAAAAUUGCAUGCACAAAAUAUGAUGCUUGCUAAGAUAGAUUAUGCUCAGAUAAAACAAGUCCUUAAUCAGCUUAAGAUUGUCUUGAUCAUAAAUCUACUUGUAGAUUCUUUAAGGCUGGAUCUGCAUGUAUUAAUGAAACAGCUUGUAGCAGUUAUAAUCUACCUGACACUGCAACUAAUGAUUAAUAAAAGUUUGAUUACUGUACAAGUAUCAAAGAUAACUUUGGGUUAUUAUGUGGUUAUACAUUAGGAGCAACUAAAUGUUCAUAGAGAACAUGUGAAUAAUUCUUAAGCACAUAUACUUCCUUAUCAUGCACAACUUAUUUAUAGAAAAAUAUCUCCACUUCUACUGAUGAUACAUGUAAAUUAGCAGGAACAACAUGUUAUUUACCAAAUAAAAAAGAUUGUGCCUAUAGUUAUACUUCUACUGAUACUACUGAUACCCUCAAAUUAGCUCAAUGUAGAAGAUUUGUAAAUGACUAAGGACAUCAAUGUUCAUUCAAAAAAGGUGAUACUAAAUGUAGUUUAUAAGAUAGUUGCGAAAAAUUAAUUGAUUAAAGAGAUGCAAGAACCUGUAAUGAUUAAAAACAUUUUAGAUCUCUCGGACUAUGUUAAAAAACCACUGAUUCAAAUUGUCUAACCUUAUCUUUGAUUUGUUCUUACUAUAAAUUUGAUUCUACAUUAACUACUAUUUAAAAAUAAUAAUUUUGUUGGGGAUUGUGGAUUGCUGAUGAUCCAACAAGAAUAGCAACCCCAUUGGCAUAUUAUAAGAAAUGUGUGUUUAAAACAGGUAGUUCUUGUGAAGUUCUUACUGAUUGCUCAGAUAUUUAUUCAGCUUCAAGUUUUUUAGAAUGUUCAAUACUUUUAUCAGGAUGCUUAUAUUUUAGAGGUAAGUGUUACGCUUCUGUUUCUUCUGGCAACUGUCCCUCAACAUUUCCACCUGGAAUAACAACAGAUUCUUAAAAAUCUAUGUAUUGUAGAAGUAUCAAAGAAGAUAGUGAUUAUUGUAGAAUAAAAUCUGAUAAAAGCAAAUGCGAACUAGCAACUAAUGCUGAUUGUGCUAGUAUUUAAAUUCCUACUUCAGGUAGUUGGGAUUCCUUUAGUGAUCCAACUUCAAAUGCAUUCAAAUCUGCUUAUUGUCUAGCUCAAUCAUAUAAAAAUAGAAGCAAAUUAUGUAAAUAUACUUCUGGAAGUAACUGUAGUGAUGCAACAUGUGCAGAUAUUCCAUCACCAACUAGUUAAGGAGAUUGUGAUAAUUACAUAUAUGGAUGUAUGUAUUUUAAUAAUAAAUGUUAUGCAUCAGGAAGUUUUUCAAAAGAUAUUGAUUGUGCUGAUAAUAAUAAAGUACCAAUGGAUUCAGGAUUAACAUAAACAUAAAAAUUAGCAUAUUGUUAAUUAUAUGUAAGCACUAGUGGAACACUAUAUUGUACAUUUGAUUAAUUUAAUCCUACUUCUCAAACCCAAUGUGUUAUUGGUAGUAGUUGUAAUGCCUAUACAAACUUGCCAAAUACUAAUGAUGAUGAUAGAUCAACAUAUUGUUUAAAUAAAAUUAAUAAAUAUGGAAGGAGUUGUGCAUUCACAGAAGGUGACACUACAUGUAGAGAUUUUAAUUGCUAGGAUAUAAAAAAUCCAACUAAUUAAAUAGAUUGUGACUAACUUUCAUGGGGAGGAUAUUGUGCUUAUUCUUAAGGUAGGUGUUAUAAAUGGACUGAUGAUUGUAAAAAUAUCCUUGCUUUAAGUGGAAAUGAAUAGUUUUAUUGUGAAUCAUUAUUAACAACAAAAUAGUGUACAUACAUCUCAGGAACAAAAUGCACAGAUUAAACAGAGUGUCACCUUUAUAGUGUAAAUGAAAAUUAAGCAUCUAUUUGUGCAAAAUUGACAAAUGGAACAGAUAAAUGUACAUACAUUUCUGGUAAUAAUUGUGUCAUAUUGGGUGCAUGUGAAAGUUAUGAUGGAACAGAUACAGCAGAAAAGGGACCUGCAGAAGGUUCAGAAGAGAUAGAAUGUAAAGCAGUUAAAUCAGUAGACGGCUAUCCAUGCAUUAUGGAUUCUAUUAAAAAAUGCAGAACAUAAGUUUGUACUGAUAACGAUGCAAGUGCUACAGAUUGUAUUAAUAAUGCUCCAGAUUGUCUCUAUUAUUCAAAUAAAUGUAUAAAAAAAGACAGUUGUGCAAAAUAUACACCAUAAGGUGAUAAUGAUACAUCUAAAUAAAUAUGGUGUGAAGGAGUCUAAAAUGAUACAGGAGAUUUUUGUGCCUGGGAUUCUGCUAAUUCAAAGUGUAGAGAUAGGUCGUGUAGUGAUAAGGCAUUUUAUACUGAUUUCGAUUGUUAAAGUUAUCAUAAAUCUUGUAAAACAAACGGAACUAUAUGUAUUGCAUAAAGUAGAGCAUGUACUUCAAACAAUGGUUCAGCUGAUUUUUGUAAUUCCUUAUUAGACUCAACAGGAAAAGAUAGAUGUAGACCUAUUGCAACUGCUACUACUACAUCCUCCCCAUGCACAAUUAGAACUUGUUAUGACAACGUUACAGCAACAACUGAUUCUGAAUGUGAUACUUAUUUAAGUGGAUGUGUCACUCGUGGUACAGGAUGCAUUCCAAAUUCAGAACCAUGUACAUCAUACAGAGGAACUAAAUAAUAAUGUGAAUAAUUUAAAAAAUAUACUGGAUUAGAUGAUAAGAAAAAUCCUACUUAUGAAUAUUGUUCUGGAGAUGCUGGAAAUAUUGUCAUAAGUAAAUGUAAAGUAAGAACUUGUGCAGAUAAUACUACAGCUACAUCGGAUACUGAAUGUGCUACUUAUAUGAAUGGAUGUAUUACCAAAGGUACUGGAUGUCUUGAUGCAACUUCAUCAUGUACUGUAUUUAAGGGAGAUUAAGCAACAUGUGCUAAAUUCUUGGGUAAUUCAGGUAGAGAUUAUUGUUGGAAUACUUCAACUGCAUUAGUUACAGCUAAUUGUGCUAAAAAGAAGUGCAGUGAUGUUUUAGGAAAAAACAAUAAAGAAUGUACUGAUGGUAUGCCACCAUUUAAAAUUACUGAUGAUCCUUUUUGUGUUUUUGAUGGAACUUCAUGUAUUGAUUAUGGAAAGAAUUGUAAUGCAUUCAAUGGAAAUGAAGAGACAUGCCCUACCUAUUUAGGUAGAGACGGUCCAUGUAAAGCUACAACUGUUGGAACUCUUAAAGGAUCAUGUGCUAAGAGAGUAUGUACAGAAGCACCUAAUUCUCUUACAACUGAUGCUGAUUGUUAGAAAUAUCAUAAAGAUUGUUAUACAACUGGUUAUGGAUGUACAAGUACUAAGUAGUGUUUUAAUUUGACAUCAUAAACUGCUUGUAAAUUAAGAGAAGAGUGCACAUGGGCUAAUUAAUGCACAAAUGCUAUUACUUCAUGUUCUACUUAAAGUAACACUAAUUAUUCAUAAUGUACAAAUUCUAAAGUGAAUGGUAAGUUUUGUGCAUGGUAAGAAUCUAAUUCAACUUGUAGAGCUUAAGUAUGUGAAGAUCAACCAGCAACAAUUACUUCUCAUGCUUAAUGUUAAAAUUUUGCUGAUACUUGUACAACAACUGGAGCUGGUUGUAUCACUAUUUCAACCUGCACAUUAUACAAGACCCAAUCUAUCUGUAUAGCUGCCUCAACAACUAAAGAUGGAGUUGGAAGAUGUGGUUGGGACGUCACAACAAAUAAAUGUAGAAAUAGAAUUUGCAGUGAUAGGAAUGGAAUAACUGAUGAAGAAUGUAACAUUUUUUUGUCAGGAUGUAAAACAAAUGGAUCUGGUUGUGUGACUGGAGCCUCAUGCACUGAAUUCAACAAUAAAUAAUUCUGUAUUAAAUCCAACUCAGGACCAUGUCUUUGGGUUAAUGGAUAAUGUUAUGAUUAUGACAGAUGUGAAGAUGCUUUAAAAAAGUCACAUUCUGAAUGCUAAGCAUUUUCUCCAUUAUGUACAACCAAUGGAGACACAUGCAUUCCUAUUACAUCCUGUGCCAACACAUCAUUAAAGGCUUCCUGUGUUGUGGGAACUGAUGGAUCUUGUGGAUGGUUACCUACUGGAAAAUGUUAGAAGUUCGGACUAUGUACAGAUGCUGUGGCUGCUACUAAUGAUGAAUGUCUCUCUUAUGGAUCAAUAUGUAUUACUGAUGGAACAGCAUGUUUAGCUAAGUCAACUUGUGGUAGCUACAAGACAUAAACAGCAUGUAAUAACAAUGGAACUGAUGGUAUAUGCUUUUGGAAUGCUACAACUAAUACUUGCAAAUUGAAGGAGUGUGGUGAUGAAUAAAAGGGUACUAAUGAUUAAUGCAAGCUUAUUUCUGUCACAGGAGGAUCAUGCACAACUGAUGGAACCAAAUGUAUACCAAUAUCAACAUGCUCUAAUUAUGUUGAAGCUGGAUGUUUUAAUGGGACUGAUGGAGAAUGUACAUUUGCAUUACCAAUUGGAGCUACUACAGGAAACAAAAUCUGCAGAUUAAAAUAAUGUGAAGAUAUUUCUAGUGGAACUUCAAAUGCUAACUGUACUGGAGUUAUCUCUAGAAAGUCAUGUGUAUCAAAUGGAAUAAAUUGUAUUUCCAAGUCUACCUGUUCAACUUAUAAAACUAUUACUGCUUGUAAUGGAGGUGGCUUAGAAAAUAAUAAAUCAAUUGUUUGCGCUUUCACUCCUAAUGAAACUGAUAAAGUUAAUGGAACUUGCAAGACAUUCUCAGCAUGCACUGAUGCUAGUAAAGAUAAACUCGCUUGCACAACUAAUCCAUCAUGUAAAUGGACUGAAAACUCAACAGGGACAUCCUGUGUUAAUCAUUCAUGUGAUACCUUUGCCACAGGAACUGAUUGUUAACCAAUUCCAAGCUUUGAUGGAACUUCAUCCACAAUUUGUGUUCUUUAAAGUGGAAAAUGUGCUGCUACUGAUCCAGGAACAAUGACAGAUUCCAAAAUUUGCUAUACUAAAUCAGCUUACACUUAUAGUUGGAAUGCUGCUACAAAUAAAUGUGAAAGUUGCCUUUCAGGAUCUGUCAAUCCAAAUGUUUCAAAUAAUACAAUAGAUAAUGGAGUAACUACUGAGAGUGCUUAUAUAUUGUCAGCUGUUUCAUUAGGUAUUUUGGGAUUAAUGGCAUGA